GCUGUUGCCAAGGGAAACUGCCGCGAGGAGGCGGAAGGAGCAGAGGACCGGCUGCCGGCGUCGAGGCGGAGCGCGGGAAGGACGGCGGCCAUGGCGGCCUCGGGGCCCGGGUGUCGCAGCUGGUGCUUGUGUCCCGAGGUGCCAUCCGCCACCUUCUUCACUGCGCUGCUCUCGCUGCUGGUUUCCGGGCCUCGUCUGUUCCUGCUGCAGCCGCCCCUGGCGCCCUCGGGACUCACGCUGAAGUCCGAGGCCCUGCGCAACUGGCAAGCCACUAUGGAAGGAGGGGUCAGGAUUACAGCAGAGGAGACUGGCAUACAGAGUGUUAAGUGACACCCACUCAAUCCACCCUGAAGCUGUUACACUUAAUUAACCCUCAGACUGCCCAGUGAGUUUACAGGCUGGUAACCUACAUCUUUGUCUACGAGAAUCCCAUCUCCCUGCUCUGUGGCGCUAUCAUCAUCUGGCGCUUUGCUGGCAAUUUCGAGAGAACCGUGGGCACCGUCCGCCACUGCUUCUUCACCGUGAUCUUCGCCAUCUUCUCUGCUAUCAUCUUCCUGUCAUUCGAGGCUGUGUCAUCACUGUCGAAGCUGGGUGAAGUGGAGGAUGCCAGAGGUUUCACCCCAGUGGCCUUUGCCAUGCUAGGAGUCACCACCGUCCGUUCUCGGAUGAGGCGGGCCCUGGUGUUUGGCAUGGUUGUGCCCUCAGUCCUGGUUCCAUGGCUGCUCCUGGGCGCCUCGUGGCUCAUUCCCCAGACCUCUUUCCUCAGUAAUGUCUGUGGGCUGUCCAUCGGGCUGGCCUAUGGCCUCACGUACUGCUAUUCCAUCGACCUCUCAGAGCGAGUGGCGCUGAAGCUCGACCAGACUUUCCCCUUCAGCCUGAUGAGGAGGAUAUCCAUGUUCAAGUACGUCUCAGGGUCUUCAGCCGAAAGGAGGGCAGCCCAGAGCCGGAAGCUGAACCCGGUGCCCGGCUCCUACCCCACACAGAGCUGCCACCCUCAUCUGUCCCCAAGCCACCCUGUGUCUCAGACACAGCACGCUAGUGGUCAGAAGCUGGCCUCCUGGCCCUCCUGCACCCCCGGGCACAUGCCCACCUUGCCUCCGUACCAGCCUGCCUCUGGCCUGUGCUAUGUGCAGAACCACUUUGGUCCAAACCCCACCUCCUCCAGUGUCUACCCAGCUUCUGCAGGCACCUCCCUGGGUGUCCAGCCCCCUACCCCUGUGAACAACCCUGGCACGGUGUAUUCUGGGGCCUUGGGCACUCCGGGGGCUGCAGGCUCCAAGGAGUCCUCCAGGGUCCCCAUGCCCUGAGAGAAUUGCUAGGGAAGUCAUCUCACUUGGCCUUCUGAAGGUCCUCCUCAAGAUUCUCCCGACAGAAGUAUUUAUUGACCACCUCUAUGUGCCAGGCUCUGUGUUGGGUACUUUGAUCAGUGUCCCUGUUUCAGUCUCAUCUGCAGUCACGGCAGCCCUGUGGAGUACAGUGUACUGGCCCAACUUACAGGUGCAGAAAGCGAGACGUCUGUCAUCACAAAGUCACGUGGCUCUUUAGUGACACAGACAAGACUCCUCGCCAAGGAACUCGUGGCAGAAGAGGGCAGCGGUUGGCAGUGGCUGCCGAUGUCUGUCCCCAGCCCCACCGUUCUUCCCUGUGGCUGUGCCGUGCUCGUGGUUACAGUGUCCUUGUGUCCGUGCGUCUGCCCUUCAGGAGCUCACAGCUGGUGUGCUUGGCGGUCCCAGGCCUGUGUAGUGUCUCUCCCCUGCCGCAGUCGCCCCCACCCUGAUUCCUCUCCCCAGAAGCGGUGGGACGGGCCCCCGUGAACUGCAGCAGCAUGCUGAGGGGUCCCUGUUGUCUGCCUUUGUAUAAAGAAACAGCCCCUGACCUGC